AUGUCAGACGACAUGGAAGAGGUUUUGGAGAGGCAAGAGCAAGAAAGGCGAGCAAGAAUGCGUAGAAGAGCUACAAGCAAAAGGGUGCAGAGAGAACUAGAUGAGCAACUUGGUGUGGCCGUUGCUUUGCUGGAGGAAGAAAACCAGAGCUGCCGUGGUUCACGAGAAGGUCGGGCACCAAAUGUGGACAGACAUAGACAUUCUCGGGGUAAGAAUCUUAUGGAAGAUUAUUUUAUCCCACAAUCUCUGUACUCUGAUGUUCAUUUUCGAGCAAGAUAUAGAAUGCAACCCUAUUUGUUCAACAAAGUCAUGCAUGAUAUUUGCAAUUAUGAUGACUACUUUGUUCAAAAGAAAAAUUGUGCUGGAAAUUUGGGGCUUCUUCCCGAGCAAAAGUUCACAACUGUGAUACGAAUGUUGGCGUAUGGGUCAUCUGCUGAUCAGGUGGAUGAGAUUGUCAGGAUGGGGAAGUCCACUAUUUUGGAGAGCUUGGUGCGAUUUUGUGAUGCAGUGGAAACUCUGUACACCAGGGACUACCUGCGCAGACCUACGCCCAGGGACCUGCAACGGCUUCUACAAAAAGUUGAGUCUCGUGGAUUUCCUGGGAUGAUUGGUAGUAUUUACUGCAUGCACUGGCAAUGGAAAAAUUGUCCAACUGCUUGGCAAGGGGAUUAUAGCAAUUGGAAAGGGCAAAAAAGCAUCAUCCUCGAAGCAGUUGCUAGUUUUGAUACACAGGUUCGGCACGCCUUCUUUGGAGUUGUCUGCUCUCAAAAUGAUUUGAACAUCCUGGGUCAAUCCUCGGUGUUCAAUGAUGUUUUGAGAGAUGAAGGCCCAACUAUCACAUAUCAAAUUAAUAAUACCGUCUACCAGAACGGGUAUUAUCUAGCUGAUGAGGGGUACAGAAAAGAUGUGGAAAGGUGUUUUGGUAUCCUUCAAGCUCGGUGGGUAAUUAUCAGGGGCGCGGCGCGUCUAUUUGAUGAGGAGGUCCUUAGGAGUAUAAUGAUGACUUGUAUCAUCCUCCACAACAUGAUUGUGGAAGAUGAGUAUGAUUACAAUGCUGAUGAAGUGUAUGAACCAGAUCCCAUGAACACGGCCUUGACACGAAUUUAUGAAAAACCUAUGGGGCCAAAUGGAGAACCAGUGCAGCAUGAUCCGUUAGUUAGAGACGGUAGUUUCAUGCAUCGUAUGAUUGAGCGCUACACGGAGAUGCAAUCGUCGUAUAUUCAUGAACACCGUCAAGUUGACUUGAUGGAGCAUUUGUGGGCGGUGAAAGGCAAUGAAGGACAAUGA